UCUCUCUCUCUCUCUCUCUCUCUCUCUCUUUCUCAACAGUUUUAUGUGCAUGUUUGUUUUAUAAAAUGGCCUAACCAGAACCAACAAGAAGAUUUCUCAAUAAAACCAAAAUCUCGUUCUCAUCAACCCCCAAAGAGAGAAAGACGGGUCGUUAUGAGCAGUAGGAACAAGAACAGUGCUAAGCCCGAGCUGAAGCUGAACCUUUCACCACCUCCUUCUCAAGAAGAGCAGAUGAGUAUGGUUCGGUCUCCAAGCAUAUCAAACACAGCUUCACCGAGCUCGUGCGUUUCCUCUGAAAUGAACCAGGAGGAGAUCGAGACGACAAUCUCAAUGGUCCUCGUCGGCUGCCCUCGUUGCCUUAUGUACGUUAUGAUCUCUCAGGAUAACGCAAAGUGCCCAAAAUGCAAAAGCACCGUCCUACUCGACUUCUUCCAUGAAGACGCCUCGGCCGCUACAACCACUCCCGCCAGCACCACCAAACGCAAUAAAAAGUCCGAGAAUCGGUUGGACUGUUAACAAAGCAGAUGCGCAGAUAGAAACAUUAAACUGGAAAUGGUUACAGAUAAUCACUAAGAGGAUGCUAGUCUAAUUCUCUGUUAUCUAGUAAGACAUGGGUUUGUUGGUUGAAAUGUUGUCAAUUGUUUUGGUUGUAUUUAAAAAUUGUAAGAUAUGAAAUAAAUUAGUGUUUAUGGACUA